AUGACCUUUCCAAAAAUAUCGUUUAGGGCACGUUACGACACGAGGAGGAAAAUGGACUCGAACUCGUCAUUCGGUUGGCCUCAAGCGCUGGAUUAUAACGGGACCUACAAGUACCUCUACUUAGAAGGCAACGUCUCCUACGUGGACUUCUACCUUCAUCAGCCUUCCGUGGCGGCUGUCUUCAUCGUCUCUUACCUCCUGAUCUUCCUGGUCUGCAUGGUCGGCAACGGCGUGGUUUGCUUUAUCGUCCUGCGGAGCAAACGCAUGCGUACAGUCACAAACCUCUUCAUCUUAAACCUGGCUGUCAGCGAUCUGCUGGUGGGAAUCUUCUGCAUGCCCACCACCCUCCUGGACAACAUCAUUGCAGGGUGGCCGUUUGGGAGCCUGGUUUGCAAGAUGAGCGGGAUGGUCCAAGGAAUCUCCGUGUCUGCCUCCGUCUUCACCCUAGUUGCCAUUGCGGUGGACAGGUUUCGCUGCAUCGUUUACCCCUUUAAGCAGAAGCUGACCAUUUCGACCGCGCUCGUCGUUAUAGCGGUCAUCUGGUUUCUGGCCGUCGCCAUCAUGUGUCCCUCCGCGGUGAUGCUGCGGGUGCAAGAAGAGAAGAAUUUCAGGGUGAUCCUCGGCUACGGGAACGAAACCCGCCCCGUAUACUGGUGCCGGGAGGACUGGCCCGACCCGGGAAUGAGAAGGAUCUAUACGACGGUUCUGUUUGCCAACAUCUACCUGGCUCCCCUCUCGCUCAUUAUCGUCAUGUACGCUCGGAUAAGCACGGCUCUCUUCAACGCAGCCGUGCCCGCGGCAGGGAAGCACAGCCAGGAGCGGCGGCACGGCGCGCCUAAGAAAAAGCAAAAAGUCGUCCAAAUGCUCAUUAUCGUGGCUUUGCUGUUCACCCUGUCCUGGCUUCCCUUGUGGACCCUGAUGAUGCUCUCGGACUACGCCAACCUUUCGGAUCUCCAGCUGCAGGUCAUCAACAUUUACAUCUAUCCCUUUGCUCACUGGCUGGCCUUUUUCAACAGCAGCGUCAACCCCAUCAUCUACGGUUUCUUUAACGAAAACUUCCGCCGAGGCUUUCGGGCAGCCUUUAAACUUCAGCUCUGCUUCGGGGAGGUUGCUCGGAGGGAGGUCUGUUCUCAGCGAGGCCCAGGCAACGCCGUUUUGCCAGCCGCCAACUCCCGGCCGCGCCAGCAUCGAGCUGCUCGAGACGCUGAGGAGGAAGGGAGGGCAGUUAAGGAAGGGAAUUGGGUGAAUAACCAGCAGGAUUUGAUAAUGGAGGAUCUCGAAGAGCCCCGCAGCGACGGGAUUAAGUGAAACGUGCUACGAACCGCCUGAA